AAACAUUCAUGGCGUUCCCUCGGCUGUCUGCCUCCAUGCUGUUGGCUUCACUGAUCCUUCUUCUCUACUGGACGACAUCCUCAGCUCGGUCACAUGACCCCCAGUCCUUCGUCGUCUCACCAUCCUACAGGGUGAAGAGAGACCUGGAUUCGAAGAGGGGGAUGGUUUCCGGCACCAGAGAGAAAGUAGAAAAGUAUUUGGCCGUGGGAAAAAGCUUCCUGACUGUCGUCAAAGAAGUGAUUGGAAAGAGUGAUACCAAUAAGUCAUCAGCUGUGAUUAAAAGUCUUGCAGACGUCGCCAGCUUGGCGCCUGGCAUCAGUGGUCUGGUUGCGUCUUUUGUCAACAUGGUCUUGAUCUUCAUCCCUCAGAAUGACCCGGUGCUGGAAGAGGUGAAGAAAGGGUUUGAAGAAGUGAACAAGAAGUUGGACUCUAUCUCCAUCCACAUCUCCAACCUGGCAAUAGACGUAGAAUGGUUUAACUACGCCAGCGUCUACUCUCAAGACGAGCUCCGCAUCCUCAACUCCUGGAAGAAGUUCAAUGAUCUUCUUCAGAACAGCCAGUCGGUACAAAUUAAGGACAAAGUACGUUACUGUGGGGAAAAGUGGUGUCUUAUGAAGGGUAGACAGUUUAGAUGUGUUAUGCCCUUCUCUUACUAUGCUAAAGCGACUCAUGCUGUCUAUGGGGAAGAGUUUGCUGUGGCUCCAGCACCCAUACUCCAACAUGACUGUGAGGGGAGUUACCCGUUGACGACCUAUACAAGAAAGAUUUCCAUCUAUAACUCUCGGAGGUUGCCUGUCUGCCAAAGUGGAACAUGUAGCAACAAUGGAAGGUGCAAUCAGCUGCUGGACUCCAAUGAAUGGUUGUGUGAGUGUCAAGGUGGUUACUAUGGUGAGAGAUGUGAAAAGAGGACCCCCAUUGGCAACGCUACAGCGGUCGAUAUACCAGUUGUUCCUGAUAUCAACACCAUUGACACCAAAAUGAAAAUGAUAGAGGUCAAACUGGAAGAGAUUCUUAAGUCUAUCAAUGGCACUGCUACAGUUACAACUUGUAUAUCACAAGUUGUUCCUGACAUUGUCAAAAUUGACACCAAACUGAAAAUGAUGGAGAUCAAACUGGAAAACAAACUCAAGGAGAUUCUCAAGUCUAUCAAAUGCAGUGGUGAGAGAUGUGAAGACAGAACCUCCAUUGCUACAGCGAUCAAUUUACAAGUUGUUCCUGAUAUCAGAACCAUUGACACCAAAAUAAAAAGGAUGGAGAUAAAACUGGAAGAUAUUCUCUACAUCCUCGAAUGCAGCAAUCGUGGCUGGUUACAAUGGUGAGAAAUGAUGGAGGUCCAACUCAAGGAGAUUCUCAACAUCCUCAACAACAAAUGUCGUGGCUAAUAGGAGAUAUGUAUCUGCAGACAGCUGAUGGACAACAGGAACGAUGACUUACUGCCAACGGACAAACUGAAGACACAUCACCUGACUGAGCAUCUGAGAACGGCACCAUGAAGGAAGAACAAGAAAACAAUGCUCAUUAAAGACUAAAUUAUGUUUAGUCAACAACUCUAGUCUGUAAAACCUCCUCCCAACGGUGAAGCAUGUCAGUGUCAGAGAUGAGUUGUUUCUUUAGACAACUGGAUGAUGAUGAGUUGGUCUGUUGUUCUGUCCUCAUGUCCUUGAAUCUCUCCAGCUGAUGUCAGCAUGACCCAAACAGUCACUAUACUAUACUAUGUACUAUAUACUAUAAUAACUAAUACUAUAUUAUUCACUAUACAGGAAAU